GCUGGCACCGUUUUUUCGACCUUAAUUCUUCACUGCCGAACAUUUGUAUCAUGAGCUCCCAAAUUCACCAGAAUUAUCCUACUGAGGUGGAGGCGGCCAUCAACUGCCUGGCCAACGUGCAUCUGCGGGCCUCCUACACCUACCUCUCUCUGGGCUUCUAUUUCGACCCGGACGAUGUGGCUCUGGAGGGAGUGGGCCACUUCUUCCGAGAGUUGGUGGAGAAGAAGCGUGAGGGCUCUGAGCGUCUCUUAAAGCUGCAAAACCAGCGCAGUUGCCGCAUUCUUCUCCAGGAUGUGGCGAAGCCUUCCCAAGAUGAAUGGGGUAAAACUCAGGACACCAUGGAAGCAGCCUUGGCCUUGGAGAAGACCCCGAACCAGGCCCUUUUGGAUCUGCAUGCCCUGGCUUCUACCCACACAGACCCUCAUCUCUGUGACUUCCUGGAGAACCAUUUCCUCAACAAGGAGGUGAAGCUCCUCAAGAAGAUGGGCGACCACCUGACUAACAUCCAUGGGCUGGGUGGCCCAAGCUGGGAUGGGAGAGUAUCUCUUUGAAAGACCA